CUGGACGUGAACGAGGUGGAGCUAAGGAGCCUCCGGCGCAGAUCCAUCCACCAUGAAACCCCCCGCAGAUCGUGCAGGUGAGGUCCUGGACGCGGCAGCAUCUCCAUGCUCCGUGGAAAACCACCUGCGCUGGGACCUGAACGCCGAGCAGAUCCAGGCGCUGACCCGAGAGCUCAUGGAGAAGACCAAGCACGUGUACGACCAGGUGGGCGCCCAGGCGUUUGAGGACGUGUCCUACGAGAGUACGCUCAAGGCCCUGGCUGACGUAGAGGUGUCCUACACGGUUCAGAGGAAUAUCCUUGAUUUCCCCCAGCACGUCUCCCCGUCCAAAGACAUCCGGACUGCCAGCACAGAGGCGGACAAGAAGCUGUCAGAGUUUGAUGUGGAGAUGAGCAUGAGGCAGGAUGUGUACCAGAGGAUCGUAUGGCUGCAGGAGAAGGUUGAGAAGGACAUGCUGAAACCCGAGGCCAUGCGGUACCUAGAGCGACUCACCAAGCUCAGCCGGAGGAACGGACUGCACCUCCCUGAGGAGACCCAAGAAAAAAUCAAGAGCAUCAAGAAGCAGCUGAGCCUCCUGUGCAUCGACUUCAACAAGAACCUCAAUGAAGACACCACCUUCCUGCCCUUCACGCGGGAGGAGCUGGGAGGGCUCCCUGAGGACUUUCUGAACUCCCUGGAGAAGACUGAGGACAACAAAUUGAAGGUCACCCUCAAGUACCCACACUACUUCCCCCUUCUGAAGAAGUGCCACGUGCCCGAGACCAGGAGGAAGGUGGAGGAGGCCUUCAAUUGCCGCUGCAAAGAGGAAAACUACGCCAUUCUCAAGGAGCUGGUGGCCCUGCGGGAGCAGAAAUCCAGCCUGCUCGGCUUCAGCACGCAUGCCGACUACGUCCUGGAGAUGAACAUGGCCAAGACCAGCCAGGUGGUGGCCACCUUCCUAGACGAACUGGCCCAGAAGCUGAAGCCCCUCGGGGAGCAGGAGCGAGCAGUGAUCCUGGAGUUGAAGAAGGCCGAGUGUGAGCGGCGGGGGCUGCCGUUCGACGAACGUAUCAAUGCCUGGGACAUGCGCUACUACAUGAACCAGGUGGAGGAGACCCGCUACAGCGUGGACCAGAACCUGCUGAAGGAAUACUUCCCCAUGCACGUGGUCACCCAGGGGCUGCUGGGAAUCUACCAGGAGCUGCUGGGGCUCACCUUUGACCGCGAGGAGGGCGCACCCGUGUGGCACGAGGACGUGGUGCUGUACGCUGUGCGUGACUCAGCCUCGGGCCAGGUGAUCGGCAAGUUCUACCUGGACCUGUAUCCUCGGGAAGGGAAGUACGGGCACGCGGCCUGCUUUGGCCUGCAACCCGGCUGCCUGCGGCCGGACGGGAGCCGCCAGAUCUCCAUCGCGGCCAUGGUGGCCAACUUCACCAAGCCCACGCCGGACACCCCGUCCCUGCUGCAACACGACGAGGUGGAGACCUACUUCCACGAGUUCGGGCACGUCAUGCACCAGCUCUGUUCCCAGGCCGAGUUCGCCAUGUUCAGUGGCACACACGUGGAGCGGGACUUCGUGGAGGCGCCCUCGCAGAUGCUGGAGAACUGGGUGUGGGAACGAGAGCCGCUGCUGCGCAUGUCCCAGCACUACCGCACGGGCGGCGCCCUGCCUCCUGCACUGCUUGACAAGCUCAUCGAAUCCCGCCAGGCUAACACCGGUCUCUUCAACUUACGCCAGAUCGUCCUGGCCAAGGUGGACCAGGCCCUGCACACUCAGAAAGGUGUCGACCCUGCUGAGGAGUACGCCCGGCUCUGCCAGGAGAUCCUGGGGGUCCCAGCCACGCCAGGUACCAACAUGCCGGCCACCUUCGGCCACCUGGCAGGAGGCUACGACGCCCAGUACUACGGCUACCUAUGGAGUGAAGUCUUCUCCAUGGAUAUGUUCCACACUCGCUUCAAGCAAGAGGGGGUCCUCAAUGGGAAGGUGGGCAAGGACUACCGGAGCUGCAUCUUAAGACCAGGUGGCUCCCAGGACGCCAGCGUCAUGUUGAAGCUCUUCCUGGGCCGGGACCCCAGGCAGGACGCCUUCCUCCUGAGCAAAGGGCUGCUGGUGGAUGAUGCCCAGACACCGAUCUGCUGA